AAAGGAAGGCAGCAACGUCAGCAUGUUACCUAGUACUGCAGGAUUAGCAAUCUAACAGGCUUGAAGCUCACACACUCAUGCACAUAGUAACAGGAUCACACACCUGAGGACUAAACUCCAGCAUUAACACCACAAAAAGAGGAAUUCCAAGCAGGGAAGGCAGUCAAAAGGUAAUCUAGUGAGUUUCUACUUACAAUGGUUUCCAGUAAGCCUAAUUGGAAAUGGCGAAUUUCAAAGGUCAUGCCCUCCCUGGAAGCUUCUUCUUGCUAUUUGGCUUAUGGUGGUCUGUGAAAUAUCCACUUCGUUACCUCAAUAAAGUGAACACAAAAAGUUGCCGGUCAAACCUCUUUUAUCAGCGGUUAGACCUGAUUGAAGGAGUGGUGAAGGCAGUCUUUUCUCUUAUAGGAAUACUGGCAGAGCAGUUUGUUCCUGAUGGGCCUCAUAUGCGUCUCUUUGACUAUGAGUCACAGUCAUGGGUGCAUCUGAUGAACUGGCAGCAUUCAACAAUGUACCUCUUCUAUGGGCUAUCGGGAGUCGCUGACAUCCUCACUUAUUGCCCACUCAAGCUGCCGGUUGGCCUGGAUCGCCUUAUGCUUUCUGUGGCAGUAUUUGUUGAAGGAUUUCUCUUCUACUACCAUGUCCACGACAGGCCACCACUGGAUGCGCACAUUCACUCUCUCCUGCUAUUCGCAGUGUUUGGGGCUGCAUUGAGUGUUGCACUGGAAAUAUUAAAACGGGACAAUAUAAUUCUGGAGCUGAUCAGAACCAGCCUCACCAUUCUGCAAGGAACCUGGUUUUGGCAGAUUGGAUUUGUGCUGUUCCCUCCCGGAGGCGGACCAGAGUGGGACCAGAGGGAUCAUGACAACGUGAUGUUCAUUACAUUGUGCUAUUGCUGGCACUAUGUAGCUGCUAUUAUUCUUAUGGCAAACAAUUACUUCCUUGUUUACUGGUGUGUUAAAUUAAAGGCAAGGAAGAAUGGCGAUGAAAUUGAGAUUGGGCUGCGGAAGAAAGCGACCACAGACAAGACUUCAAAAAUCGCUCUGCUAAAUGGGUCAGAUGAGGAAUGACAGUGACAGAAGACGCAACACAGAACAUAGACCUCAUUCUGAGUCUACUGCUGGGCAGAGAAGACCAACUAUAUUUAAUAAUGAAACUUUAACAGAAAAGGAACACAAAAGCACUGACUUUUCUUUCUCAGAGAUAAUUCUGUUCCACUGCAUGUUGUGUUCUGGCUUAGAGGAAUCAGUGGACAAUAUCAUUAUAACAGGAAUGCAUACUUUUCACCUCUGUGUCUAAAGUAUACCACAGUGGUAACCAAGAAAUACAAAACUACCCUUCAUACAGCAUUUUAUUUGGUAGAGAUAACGUUUAUAUAUAAAUAAAUACAUUUUAGACA